GCCUGCUCUGUGUCCUAACCCGGGGAGCAAUGAUAAACGGAGCUGAUUGUAAUUGUGUUUCUCAUUAACAGUGAGAUCAGAGUGUGCGGCCCGCAGGCCUGUCACCCCACCCCUCUCUCCUCCCCCCGCGGGGAGCAUGGACCCCAGGGCCCAGCGCGUGGCCAGGUACAAAGCCCAGAGACGGCGGGAAGUGGCUGAGAAGUUAGCCCACCUGCAGGAGCCGGUCCUCGUCUCCUGCCCAGCCCCCAGGAGGGAGACAGAGGGCCAGCCUUUGGGAAGAGAUUGCUCUGGGGUAGAGAGUGCACAGGACAAGCAGCGGCCAGCGCUUCCCAACCCCCUGGACUCCGAGAGCAACGGGAAGAGCAACAGGAAAACUCCCCCGCCACCCGGGAAGUGGGAGAGCGGGGAUGAGGGGUGGACGAUAGGGAGAAAGUCCCAGCCUGGACACGGUGACGGUGAGGGAAAGCCGUGCAGCGCUGCCCUGGAGGGUUGGUGCUGCCCACAGGGCUCGGACCUGAGUGAGAGGGAGACCCCGUGCCCCCCGUGCCGGGCCAGCUCCGGCAGGAGGACAGUGACAUUAAGGCUGGAUUUAGCCAGAGCGCCCGAGGCAGGGGGUGACUGGAGCCCGGGUGUCAGUGGGACAGACACGGAGCCCCUCGGCUCCCGGCCCCCAGCCCUGAUCCCGAGCUCGAGCGAGACACUGCCUGGGGGGCCAGCAGCAGCUUCAUGUCGGGACAUGUUGCCGAACGCAGACACAGCCGCCCCCCAGAGUGUGCUGAUACAAGAGGAUGAGAAGAUGGACGCGAGAGCAAAGCUGAGCGUCGCAGCAAAGAUGUCUCUGUUUAAGGAGCUGGAGAAGACCACGCCUGUGGAGCCUGUGUUGUUAUCCCGGCCGAGGAGCAGGAACGCCGCUGUGGAACGCCGGCUACGGAGGCUGCAGGAUCGAUCGCGGACACAGCCGGUCACCACCGAGGAGAUGGUGGUGGUCAACAGGUAUGUGAGUGCGUGUGUGAGUGCCCUCCCCAGGGCACCGUCACCGCGGGGGCGGGGGCCGGGGCCGGGGGAGGGGGAGGGGGAGCAGAACGCCGAGCACAGGACGGACGAGAGCUCCAAGCUGAGCUUGCGGCAGAAGAUGGCACUGUUUGACGGGCUGUGCCAGCCGCGGGCGGGGAGAGCCGGGCAGGAACAGGGCCGUCGCCACAGACAGGGCGGGGCUCGCUAUCACACGCAGCCCAUCACCACCUCCGAGGUGCAGCUGCUGCAGAAACUUCCGAAACAGCCGAUGCCAGUUUGUGCCGACGGGGGGACACAGACACAGGAGGCUGUGAGCAGCCCCCGAUCGGCCCCGGGGAGUGAGCCCCAGACUGUGCCGGGUACCGAGCACACGGAGGGAGCUGCAGAGAGCAAACGACAGAUUAAAGGCAUUCUGAAACGACAGACACCAAGUCAGGACCCCGGCCUCUCGCCCACCACACCCACAGCGCCACUGGCACCUGCACCGGCACAGAGCAGUCCCGGCCCCCCCACUCCCGGCCCCCCAGCAGCCAAACCCCCAGCUCCCGGCCCCCCAGCUCCCGGCCCCCCAGCUCCCAGCCCCCCAGCUCCCGCCCCCCCACCAAACCCCCAGCUCCCGGCUCCCCAGCAGCCAAACCCCCAGCUCCCGGCCCCCCAGCUCCCGGCCCCCAGCUCCCGGCCCCCCAGCAGCCAAACCCCAGCUCCCGGCUCCCCAGCAGCCAAACCCCCAGCUCCCGGCCCCCCAGCUCCCAGCUCCCCAGCAGCCAAACCCCCAGCUCCCGGCCCCCCAGCUCCCAGCUCCCCAGCUCCCGGCCCCCCAGCUCCCGGACCCCCAGCAGCCAAACCCCCAGCUCCCGGCCCCCCAGCUCCCAGCUCCCCAGCUCCCGGCCCCCCAGCAGCCAAACCCCCAGCUCCCGGCCCCCCAGCUCCCAGCUCCCCAGCUCCCGGC